AUGCCCUCCGAAGCGGGCCCUGCCCCCUCAGUCCGCUCUUCCCACCUCUCCGAUCCACCCGAAUCGACGCACACUAGCACGCCCCAGUCGCUCGCCCGCGCCGUCUACGACCGGCGGUCCGAGUAUGUGCGCCCCCACAAGAUACGAAUUAAGAUAGGCACCUGGAAUGUGGCCGCCUGCCCCGGGACGGAUAAGGACCUUUCGGCCUGGUUCGUCGACGGCAAAGGAGUCGACCCCGCCCUCUCUGCCGUCCUGAACGCGAAAGACUCGAAUAACGCCCCGACGGCGGUUGCAGACCCUCCCACCGACGAGGGAGACGAGCUGAGGCUUGUCGGGGGCGAUAAAAUUGGAUUGUACGUCCUAGGACUACAAGAGGUUGUGGACCUUAGUCUAGCCAAAGAGGCAUAUAAUCGCGUGUAUUCGGACAACAACCCGGUAGAUAAAUGGCGGUUGGCUCUCGAGGCCGCCAUGCCCGACGGUUAUCAGCUGGUUGUGGCUGAGCAAAUGUCGGGCAUCCUCCUCCUUAUAUACGCCUCGCCCGAGGUCAUCACGACGAUUAGCGACGUGAGCACGGUACAAGUAGGUACCGGCCUUCUGGGUUACAUGGGAAACAAGGGCGCCAUAUCCUCCCGCUUAGUCCUUGGAGAAACCACUCGGAUGUCCUUUAUAAACUGCCAUCUGGCUAGCGGCCCGGAGCAGACCUACCUUGAGCGACGCUGCUGGGACGUAGCGCAGGUUCUCUCCCGCACCCAGUUUGACCCUAUACACUCCCCAGGCACCGCCGAGACCGACGCGGAGAAAAUCGGAGAUGAAGACUUCGCGUUCUGGUUUGGCGAUCUUAACUUUCGCGUAGAUGGUAUCCCUGGGGAUGACAUUCGUCGGUUACUAUGGCUUCACACUCAGGGCCAGUAUGACUUGUCAAAGAAAGCCGACUCAUCACUUGAUGAGGGUGUGAUUGUUAUGAAACCGGAGGGGAGCGGCGGAGAUGACGAGGUCACGGACCGAAGCGUCAGUCCGUCUCCCAAUAGCAGCUUUUCCGGGACCGAAGAUACAUCCCUUCCCGACCCAGACGACUUUAUACCCGAUCCGCACGAAGACCCGGCCUCACUUCAAGCCACUAUUGACUCGCUCCUGCCGCACGACCAGCUUGGGCGCCUCAUCCGGCAGAAGAAGGUGUUUCACGACGGCUGGAGGGAGGCCGACAUCACCUUCUUGCCCUCUUACAAGUACGAUGUUGGCACGAUUGGCCUGUUUGAUUCAAGUGAAAAGAAGCGUGCACCCAGCUGGUGCGAUAGAAUUCUAUACCGUACCCGUCGAGACCUGGAAUCCCAUAAGCAGAAGGAGAAGGAUGCGGAAGAGGCCAAGAAAAGAGAUGAAGAGCUCAAGGCCAGGGGCAUCGACCAGGCGGCGGAGGAUGACGACGUGCUGUUUUCGUACGAUCCCGAUGCCGAUGGCCAAAAUGCGCAGUCCUCCACGACAGAGUUUGAUUACGACGAGUAUGACGAGUACGACGAGGAUGCCCAGGCAGGAGACGAGGUGGUAACUAAGGCGGGAUACACCGACCACAUACAUAUGGACAUGUACACUUCGCACCAGCGAAUCACUUCGUCGGACCACAAGCCUGUAGUCUCCAUCUUCACCUUAGAAUACGAUGCUGUGGUUCCAGAGCUCAAGGCCAAGGUUCACGCCGAAGUAGCCCGCGAACUCGACCGCGCAGAGAACGAGGGCAGGCCCAAUGUCACUAUCCUAGUCGACAAGCAGAACUCCGCCGCCCAGUCCGGCCACGAGCCGGGCUCGCACGGCGACGCCGUUGAGUUCGGCGAUGUUGCAAGAGGGGACGCUUCCUCGAAACCGCCGCCCAAAUGGCUCACCUUUCGCUUCCUCAUCACGGAAUCCGGUGGCGAGGAUGCGAAAUUCGAUCUUGGCAAAGAAGUUACCCUUGAGCCUGGAGAAACGGCGACAGUUCUGCUCCAAGCUCUCGUUGAUGAUUUGUCACUUGCGCAAUCCCUCAACUAUGACCGCGCCUCCCUGGAAGAUGUUCUCGUCCUGCGCGUGACGGGUGGCCGAGAUUACUUCAUCCCCGUCCACGCCCAAUGGCUUCCCACGGCCUGUUGCCGCUCGGUCGACGAAUUGAUCCGCGUCCCGGACGGAGGAAUCCGCGAUUUUGUUACGAAGGCGGAACCUAAGAUCACGGGAGCGAUUCCCUACGACCGUGACGUCAGGUGCGCCGCGCCCAAGGAGCUUUUCAAGUUAACCGAAGCCCUGGAGAAGCUUGUCGAGCGUGCGGUCGCUGACGAAAACAUGCUUGACGACUGUCACAUCCCCCGCGAAGACCCUGGUUGGCCGUUUGAAAAGUCAUCCUGGACUCUCAAGGACGAGGAAACGCGGGGUGCUGCGAAAGCAGCCCUGAUUGCGGCGCUAGAUACAGACGCGGCACUCAUCCCCGCGUUACCCGUCGAUCUCCCUGCGUUCAAGAACCUCGAAGUCCUGGCCGAGUGCUUUCUCAUCUUCCUUCGCUCCUUGACCGACGCCGCCUCGGGCCCGGAUCUAGAAGACAUCAAGACCUCUAUCCUCGAUGUCCUCGCCUCCUCCCCCAACCACAACAUCUCCUUUGUCUUCCUCACCACCAGCCUCGAACGGCUCGCGGUAGAGCUAUCGCCGAAACCCAACGCAGCAGAAGACGGCUCCCCUCGCGGCUACGGACCCUUUCUUUCCGAAAAGUAG